UUCCGUGGGAAGUUCUGUGCGGUGCGUGUUGUGAGCCCCUCGCGCUUCCGCCAACUGUCAGCCCGAGGCCGUGUUUUUGCAAGCGUUCGGUGCCGGUCCUUUGUAGUCCUUUUCAGUUUUUUACUACGGAAUUUCUGUGCGGAUAGAUUGUACGUGGAGGGAAAAUGGUUGAGGUGGUGUCGUGAGAAAGGAAUACCCCGAGAGGCGCUGGGAUGCGCGUUCUGGCGAGGAUAUUUGAAUGAAUUGUGCGGCCGGAAUGUGAGGUCUCGGUCUAGUGAGCGAGUGGAAUUCGGCUAUGGAUGAGGUUCUCUGUGGGUUGACGAGAGUGAGGAAGCUGCCGUGAACGUAGCAAACUGCGGAGUGAGGUGUUCUGUGUGGAGUUGAGUGCUCGAGAGUUACUUUGCAGGUGGCGAGGACUUUGCGCGCGAAUUGCAGUGAUUGGCUUCGUGAAGUGAAGAAAAUGCGUGAAAAUGCCGUUUGUGCAACGUGUCGUCAGUCCUACGUACCUCUCGCGGUCGCGACCGCGCUCGCGGGCAUACCGCAACGGGCCCGGACCAAGGGCAAGCUCGCCGCUUGUUCGCAAUCCCAAAGCCGCGGCUCCAGGAACAUCUACCGGAAGCGGUCACAGCCUUGCGAGUGAGAGCGCCGGCAACCAUGUUAACGGAGGUGCCGGCAACCCUGGCGCCCACCUUGAUCCGCGGACGUCUUCCUCCGUUGAUGCGAGCGACGUCCUCGUUAACGGAACGAUCAGUAGCGCCGCGGCGGGCCCAACGGCCCUUGGGAGUGGCGGGGCAGGUUCUUCGACGACCGGUAAAUCAGGGUCCGCCGCGGCCGUGCCCUUGCCCGCGCCCUUGUCCAUCGUGUGUCCGACCGCACCGUCGCCGGUGGUCACAGGGCAUGAAUUCGAGUCGGUCACCAACAUUACCUUGAGCAAUGCCUUGCGGCAGUUGGCGUCCCUCGUGCUGAUCGCCAACGACAUUUUCUCGGAGUUGAAUGCGGAGCUUCAAGCGAUCGGCGAGCGGUCCAAGGGGAUUAAGCAUCGAAUCGUCGUAUUGGAGCAGAACGUGGAGCGGUUCGACCCGAAAUUGGUGCCAGUUCCUGAAAGUGACUUAGAAACAUUCGUCCAUAUAAAAAAUCAUUUUAAAUCUAUACGUCCAGUUGAUAAAGAACUAUUUACACCGGAAACACGUUCCUCAAAUCUUCGUCAAUUGUACGAAGCGGCAGCUAAGACACCAAUUUCCAGUAUGCGUGAAUUGGCUGAAAUUACUGGCGAACAGGAUACGGAAUUGAUUUGUACUCCUGUUCUUGGACAGAAAUUCCGAAAGAUGCGAAGUCGAAUUGAUGUUGAAAUUGAAACAAGAUUGCCCGCGGCCGUUGAGGAGCUUCGGAAAUGGACGUCAACAGAAGCACUGGGUGACAUAACAGUCACGCCCGACUGUAUAUCCCGAGUCGGUCACAGUACCUCCAUGAUGAAUAAUUCAACAUUUAGCAGUUCGAACAUCAAUGGACACGGCAAUGUAUCAUCGGUGUCGCCGUCACGGAGCAUACAAUCCCAGCAACAACAAUCACAACCAAUUUCCACAUUCAUCCAUUCGAUUGACGUUCCGGACGAUAACUCCACUGUGAUAGGAGCAGCUCAGCUUAGCAGUAGCAGCACCAGCAACAACAACCGUAUCGCUAACGAGGACGACGAUCUUCCACUCGAUCAUCGGUUGCCAUCCCCUGAGGAGCAAUGCCAGAUAAUUGCAAUGAAGUUUCCGGCUGAAGUUAUUACGGUGGAUGUAACUGGUCGUCGUUUUCAACGGAUGUGUAAUGCACGAAAAUCGAUGACAAACUAUAUUGCAAUCGGUGAUCAUAAUAAUUUAAAUGAUGAUGUACAAACGAUUAAGCGAAGAUCACGAUCAAGGAAACCACGCGGGAAGCGUCGCAACACGAUCGCGGGUACUGAUCAACGGGAAAUUGAAGAGGCUGCCAAUGGUGAAUCACAAUCGUCACCGUCGCACGAAUUAUCUGAAGCUGUAGCUUCCACAAAAGUUGGACGAAGUAAAUCCAGUGAUUUGUUGAAAAAGGACUCACCACCCAUCCUGUCCAUAUUGCAGAGUGCAAGUGGUAAUGUUGAUAACAGUAAGACCACAUUGACUCGAUUCAAUUCGUUAAAACAAUGGGGACGUAAUCGUCUGAGAUGGAUGCAACGUAACGACGACAAAGAAUCGGAUAAAGACAAAGAAAAGGAUCGGGAAAAGGACAAGGUUCUAGACAUUGAUGAAGAUAGCAAUGUCUGUGAAACAGUUGUUAGUGGUAAGGCCAAGAAGAAGCUGUUAGAAAAGGAACGAAAACUUUCGCAUGAACGAAAGCCUUCAUAUUCCUCCUCGGAGAAAAGUCUCAGUCUAAUGUCGCAUCCUUUAAAAGGAAAUGCAGCUAAUGCGGCAUCGAUAAAUCCUGUAAAAAUGCGAGAAACGUCAUCAUUACGACGUCAGCGUCGAAAUAGUGGUGCGGAUCAUAAGGACGAACCCCAUUCAUCCAGUGGGAACUGGAGUGCUAGUUCGGAGUCAGGACGAACAUCAAUUGGAAGCGAGAUAACAGUGCAACCUAAAUCCAGUGCUUCCAGUACGUCCUUGAAUCAUAGCAAUUUGCAUUCUGGAAGCGGCCCUCCCAGCUCUAUAAUUAGCAGACGACGAUUCCUGAACACUUCGGCUUCUAGUAGCGUAACUAGUGAAGGCACAGCAACUCCAGACCUUCAGAUGCAUGAUUUAUUCUACGACGACGAAACGAGUUCCGCCUACUCAUGUGAUACCGAAGGAUACUACACAUCCUUCCAUGUCGACUCCGGGCUAAAGACUCUAAAAGAAGAAGAGCCCAUGACCCCACUUCAUUCCACAUCAGCAUUAUCCAGCACAACGUCAUUCAGCAGUACUAUAAAUCAGACGGUCUUAACGGCGGAGAGCGAAUACGAACUUUUUGGCAGAGGUUCAACUUCAACAACAACAAGUUCUGCGGGAACAGUUUGCACAACACUAAUGGCCACAGAGGCCGACCGAAGUUCAAUGCAUGGUCCCAGUCCCGCCGUCCCUGAACGCAAAAGCUCGCUAACGAAAUUGAAUCGCAGUAACAGUAAUGCAUCUGGUGGAACACUGGAGCGAAGCUACUCGAGCAGCACAGUCGGAAGCACACUCGAGCGUACUGGAACUAUUAAACGAAAUGGCGUUCUAAUCCAAAAGGAAGUGUCAGCAGUUAUUCAUCAAGACAAAACUGAAACACAACAAAAGCCUGACCGUAUCGAUUCCCCAGAUAGCGGGAACAAUACCAGUUCGUCACCGAUUGAGACUAACUCCAAUGAAAGUCCAACUCAAGGACUACGGAGCAAUUCAGAGUUUGAGUAUUCCGAAUGCUCUGAUUUAGAGGGCGUCGACAGAAUUGAAAGGAUUCGUGUAAAGACAGCUAUAAACUCCAGCCGUAUACCAUCCAUGUGUAUAAUAACGCCAACGACAAGUGACGACGAAGCAGUGAAAGAAAUAACUGUACGAACCCGUGAGAAAAUAGACUUGCCACCAAAUGAGGCUCCAUCAUCACCACCACUACCACCGCCCCCGCAGGAAACUGAUUUAGAUUCUAUCGACUUCGAGACAGGAAGCCAUAAUCAGAACAAUAACCUCCCAAAAGUACAAAUCAAAGAUGACGGAACAGGCUAUGCCACAAUUCCUGCUGUUUCUGGUGACUCGCUAAAACCACCCGAAAUGCGGAAGGAUGCCAACUUCAAUAAUUUCCGAAAAACCACCCUACAACCGUUGAACACAAUGCUCGGCAAGCUUAAGGGUGUUCUACCCCACUUGAAGAAGUCGUCGCCAAGUAAAGAGGCUAGUGCUGCAUUGGAUAUUUCGGAUGAGUCCUUGUAUGAUAACGCCGGCGAAUAUGUAACUAUUGCAGAUGUUCGGAACAACAACAACAACACGCACAAACGAACCACGGGCAAUGGAAUUUACUACUCGAACGACAUCGUAAAACGUAAUUUAGCCACAGUUCUUUCAGGAAAUCUCAACCAGGAGACUGAGUACGUAUCCCUCAAUGAACUCCCCUGCACCAUACGAUGCGAUAGCAGUGCGAACGCUGUGGAAGACGUUAUGGCAUCCGAUGAAAUCGAUACAAACGUCCAAAUAGCAAAAGAUUGUGUUUCUGCUCGUGAGAGUGCUAUUGAAUCACUGGCAUCAGGAACAGGAACGGGAACAACAACUACAUCGAAUAUUCUUGGCAAGGACAAUAAAGGAGAACUACAGCAGAAAGAGCAGGAGCGGAAAAUUGAACAGGAGCAACAUGAACGCCAACAUCCACAAAUUCGGGGUGCGCGUGUCACAUUUGAUGCGCAAGGGAAAGUUGUCUACAAUUCGGAUAGUCUGAAACGACGUAAAGGAGCACACACCACCUUCGCUCCAGGACCGUGUGUCAAAGACCCUGCAACCAGUGCAUUUUCAUCCGUAGUGGCGGCAACAUCAUCCUCACCAGCAUCAUCCACAUCGUCGGAAUCAAUAUCAGCAGCAACUGCAUUAGUGUCUGAAUCCAAGGUGAUUCCCAGAUCUCCUGUACUCGGUGGUUCUCUAACGCGGAAACAGGAUAUAAUAGUGCGUCCGGUAGUGUCUCAAAAAGCUAAUAUUGUAGCCGCGGCGGCGACGCAUAACGUUGAUAUGGCUACAGAUGUGUUGAGUGGUCGUUAUAUAAGAGACAAAGCACAGCUUCUUGCAGACAAUCGUGACAUUUCCUUGGCACUUCAGCAGCCUCCUUCAUCCACACCAGGAACAACAUAUCAUUGUACCCAGUACGACGCAGAAGACUAUCAACAUUUAUCCCAUAACGAAAGAUAUCAGCAAUAUGAACAGCCUACACAACAACAAGUUGCAGAACGGCUCCUAUAUGAGUCCAAUAAGCAAACAAUGUCGAAUGUUUCGAACCUUCCAUAUAAUCCAGGAACAAGAUAUUCGUCAGCAACUGGACCAAGUCCCUUCCAACGAAAUAACCACAUUUAUUGGACAUUACAACAUAGGCGGCAAUCGCCUUCUGUUAAUUCCGUCUUACCCAAAGAUGAUAGCAAUGUAGCCAUUGUGAAGGAAGGAUUAAAUGUGAAUGACUUGUAUGCUACCCCGAAUAAGGUCAGAAAUCGUGAAGGUUUGAAAACUACACCGUUAGGUUUCUCAACAUUUUUCUCGCCCAUCAAAGCUGACAGCGUAGAGUCUGGAAUAUCUCCGAUUGAUCCACAUAAUGCGGCUGGGUUCAAGACGUCGACACCAUCAAAAGCUGAAUCUCCAUCGAAAGGGUCACUUGCUGAUGAAUUGCGCUAUCGAUUGCACAUACAAGAUGGGACUCGAUCGUACAACGCCUCACCCAGUAGUUCGGGCCGUUCCACACCUUUGCGGGGGCUUAUUGAGCAACAGCAACCUCGGCUUCGACAUAGUUGGGCUCCUGAGACGCCAGAACCUUCUAAAACAUGUUCUGAUCGUUUAGGAAAUCAAAAAACUAGUCUUAUGGACUUCAAGAAGCUUCUUCUUGCCAAAUCGAGCAAGACCAUUUCUACUGGCAAAAAGUCAGCGGUUGAGCAAUUAAAGCUCAAUAAAAAAGACGCCACAGAGGCACCACCGGGCCAACCGGCGCAAGUAUUAAACACAAGCAUGAAUAUUCUUGAGUUGAGUGGCUCUCCGAAAACCUUUGCCAACCGAAGGAACAUUCGUCAAGGUAAUUUCGGAUCUCCGUCAAAAACUCUCGGUCCAAAACAACGAGGUAAUUGGAGAUUGAACGCCAGCAGGACCGACGUUAUGUCGACAGCCAUUCCCGAAGCUCACAGUGAGGAAGACGCUUCUAGCUCUAACAGCUCAAAUGGAUCUAUUGGAAGGCGUUCUCCGAAUGUCAACAAAAUAGGGUCUUCAAUCUCACCAUCCCCUUUAGUUACAUCAGAGAAAAAUGUCAUCGAUGAUAAGAUCAAUUUGAAAACGAAUAUUUUCCUACAAGCCGAAGAGAAUAACUUCAUGAAAGGUGAAAUGAAAAACUCGUGCGGGAUAACACGGUCACAGCUAGCGCAGGCACGAGCGCAGUUCCUGAUGGGAACAAAAGGACUGCAAAGUGAGAAUAAAGAACGAAUGACUGACAUAUAUAAGAAAUCCAUUUACGAUACUGCCAACACUAAUAUUCUAACAGGAACACCAAAUUUUCCAACAGUUGCAUCAAGAAGGGAAGCAAUCGAAUCUCAAACUACCGAUGACUCCAAUAAUGCAGUCGCAGCACCAUCACUUGAAACUGCCCUCUAAUUACUAAGAACUUUUUCUGUUUCAGAAACUUAUAUGAAAUAAGUCAGUUGUCUUUUAUACCGUCAACCCAGUAUUUUACACUGAACAUAUUGAAAACAAUCGAUCAAUUCUAUACACAUAGAUUUAAUAACAAUUAUACAUUAUACAAGUUUACUGUAGCGCAGGAGAAUUGCACUCGAAAGUGAUGUGCUAGAAUAUUGCUUCAAUUAGUAUAGAAAGUGUUACGAGUAAUGCAACAGCACUGGUUGCUGUGGGACGAUCGAAUUUAGUAUUUUUAUUCAGUUUUUAUUGUGGCGCUAUUAACAAUGAGAAGAGAGAACUGAAAACAGUGCUAGUGAUUAGAGAAUUGGAAUGAUAAGCUAUAAAGUAUGUAUGUAGAGCGGUAAACUCCAUAUAGCUUCAUUGCUUUAAACAGGUUUCAUCAAUAUUUGGGGGACGGAUAAGAAGAAAGGGCUUCCUGUCGUCGUUUUUCUGAAUCGGGUCAUCAUUUUUUUCUUGACAAUUGGAGACCGAGCUAUUUACAUUUUUAAUCACGUACAUAUAUAUAUUAGAAGAUGCAGCAGAAAAAACUGUUAUAAAACAUUUAUUUUAUUAGUAAAGGCAUUACCAAAAAUUUCCAGAGGAUAUGGACGCUGCCUCUUUUGACCACUUUCUUAAUGUCAGUCAGCAUUUUCUUCUUCAAACACUAUUUAGGUAUAUUUACAUUUCUACCUGAUAAGUUUCAUUAAUAUCAGAUUCAUAAUCGAGAUAGAUCUUUCUAAAUACAAAACAGGUGAAAUAUAUUCUUCUUCCAUUGGGCUCGAGUCGAUGACAGUCCUUGGUCUCCCGAAAUCUUUGUAUCUAUUUCUCUCGGUUGAGCGACCGCCUCCUCUAAUUUCGGAAACCGAACAACGUGUAAUUUGCAUUGUCCACUGAGUCCUUCCAUCUGUUUCGAUGUUUCCCAGUAUUGUUAAUAUGGAUAGCAAUCCAUGGCUCGUCAUGUAAUAGGUACAACUCACUAUUGUAUCUCAUUCGCCAUCCGCCAUCCUGAGGACGACGUUCGAAAACACUGAAUUUUCGCUCUUCUGCCUAGUUCAUCGUCCACGUUUUGCUGCCGGUACACAGGACAAACGAAAUCAAAGUUUUAUAUAUUGUGAGCUUUAUUUCUAUUUUUCAGACUUAGCAGUACUAAGCAAGCAAAAUUACCGAAUACGUCUUUAAUUAUUUAAUCUUCAUACAUCCGUGUUACGUGGCCUGAGGAAUGUAGCUUGGAGAAUAGUUUCUGCAGCUCAUGGUUGUACCUUAUUUGCCAUUGAUCUACAAUUCGCCUAAGCGUCUACCUCUACCAAUUCCACCCGCGUAAAACGUCUGUGGUUUAUCGGCGAACUACUUUUUGAAGUGAUUUUUGGUGCCUUUUCUAUCGGUCAAUUUUUUCCUAUCAAAUGAGAUCUGCACAUAUCUAAACAAACGGAAAUCUGACCGAGCUCCCCAAUUUCCAUCGGUUAAAAAAAAAAAUUGGGCGGUUUGACGUUGUCUUUAUGGAAGGCAACCUCUUUUCUGUUGAUUAAUUCUGGUCAUUUUUCCCUUUCCAGUUUUAAACAAGAAAAGCUCUGAGUCCCGCCACGUACAUAGUAAACCUUUAUUUGAUCUCAAUCCAGGCUUUGAAGUUGUUUGUGCUGGUUCAUCACGCUUAUACCAUAAACUUUUACGAACGGUGUUCUCGUAUCCUAUCUACACCAAAAUGGCGUACUUCCUUGCUACGUAUUCGAGAGCUAGGUUAACCAAAAUUGGAGUAAACUCAUCUUUUUGCCUCAGUUCAAUAUUGGUGACAAUGAAGUUGCUGGUUGUUGAUACAAUUGUCAUUUUCAUUAGGAAGAUCAACUUUGUUGAAGCGCGACAUUGUUUAGUGUAGUACGUUUCGAUCAAUACUGUUGUAUGUCUGCCUAAAGCUACAAAAAUUUUAUAAGCAUCAAUGUUGAACUCCUAACAUUUCACACGUACGCUUUGCAAUUGGUCCGUAGUGCACCAUCUAGCUCUAAAAGCUCCUUGAUACUUACCAACCAAUUUGUCCUGUUGAAAUUUCAUGGAUCUUUCGGCAAUUGCAUUUCCUGAUGACUUGUUUCUUUAACCGGAAAAAACUUUAUUUUUUUUAUCUGUGGUACCUCCAUCCCAAAUCUUUACUUAUAGACCCACCUCCCUCCCUCCCUUUUCCUUCGCAGAUCUCAAAAAUAAAAACCAUAACCAUCAGUAGAAAAUUUUGUUUACCAUUUUUCUUCGAGCGGACACACUUUUGCUCGAACAGGACACGCUUUAAUUGCUGGUUUCCUUUUCUUUUUUUUCGUUUUAUAGUUCAGGCUAUCUUAACAUGCAAUAAUAAUAACGCUCACACCAAAUUUAACCGUUGCCGAGCUAAAAAAAAUCCGUGGGUACGGUGGGCGGGUCACUUAAUACGUAUGGAUGAGGAUGAUCCAGCCCGGAAAGUCUAUAAGAGCAAUAUCUAUGGUAGGAGAAGAACACGAGGCAGAUCCUGC